UUGCUACUUCAAUUGGCAUCAGAGCCUGUCUCUACAGGUUUAUACACUUAACAAGUGUUAGAGGAAAAAGAUUCAGGAAGAAAAAUGUCAAAAGAAAGAUACAUUCCAGAAGGAGGAUCUGCUUCAAGACCACCUUUGUUCACUGGAAAAAAUUACUAUAUUUGGAAAAAUAAAAUGCAAUUGUUUUUAAAAUCUCAAGAAGUAGGAAUGUGGCGCAUAGUCACAGAAGGAGAUUAUGUUCCUACUGUAACUUCUGCUGAGGGAGUCAUUUCAGACAAACCUGAAGAUGCAUGGACAACUGCCGAACAACAAAAGGUACUCCUAAACUCUAAAGCUCAUUUAUUUCUAUCCUGUGCUCUAAGCAUGAAAGAAAGUGAAAGAGUAGAUGAAUGUGAUACUGCUAAAAAGGUUUGGGACACUUUACAAGUUCACCAUGAAGGAACUAGUCAUGUAAAAGAAACAAGAAUAGACAUAGGAACUAAUAAAUUUGAAACUUUUGAAAUGAUUGAAAACGAAACUAUUGAUGAAAUGUUUUCAAGAUUUACUACUAUCAUAAAUGAAUUAAGAUCUCUUGGAAAAACUUUUUCAACUAAUGAUAGAAUUAGAAAACUUUUGAGAUGUCUUCCAAUCACUUGGAGACCAAUGGUUACUGCCAUUACUCAAACUAAAGAUUUGAAAACACUUCCCAUAGAAGAUCUUAUUGGUACUUUAAAAGCUCAUGAAGUUAUUCUUCAAGGAGAUAAACCUUUAAAAAAGGAAAAAACCAUUGCUUUAAAAGCUUCUCAAAAAGAUAUAAGUUUUUUAGAAGAUGACUCUAAGGAAUUAGAAUCUACCCAAGAAGAGGCAGAAGGAGAACUAGCUCUCAUUUCAGGCAAAAUCCAACGUAUGUUAAGAAGAAGAGAUCAAAUUAGAAGAAACUUUUCUUCAGGAAAAGAUAUGCAGAAAAAUGACUUUGACAAAAGUCAAGUGACCUGCUUUGGUUGCAACAAACUUGGACAUUACAAAUCAGAAUGUCCCUUAAACAAAUCACCCAGAAAUUUUCCCUUCAAGAAAAAAUCCAUGUUAGCUACCUGGGAUGAUGAUGAUGAAUUUGAAACAAACAAAGAAGAAGAAGAAGCCAACAUCUGUCUAAUGGCAGAUUCAGAAAAUGAUGAGGUAUUUCUCUUUGAUAAAACUCAUCCUUAUGAAGAAUUAGAAACUAAUUUUGAUAGUUUAUUACAUGAUUCUGAAUUCUUAUCCAAACAAUGUUUUUUAUUACAAAAAGAAGUUUCUGAACUAAAAGAAGAAAAGAAAAAACUUCAAAUUGAUAUUCUUAAUUUUGAAAAAAUUAACAAAGACUUAAUUGAGUCAAAAGAAAAACAUGUUUGCUCUAGUGUUUUAUCUAAGAAAAUAGAUGAAAAUGUUGUGUUGAAAAAUGAAAUAAAAGAACUGAGAAAUGAUCUCACUGGGUUUAUAAAAUCAACUGAAACUUUUCAAAACAUUAUGGGAUCACAAUCUCAAGCUCUUAACAAAAAUGGCUUAGGUUUUAAUGAAGUUAAAAACAAAAUUUUUGAAAAUGUUCUUUUGCCAGGAUACUCUCAAGGUGCAAAGAAAAAGCCAUGGUUUUUGGACAGUGGCUGUUCAAAACACAUGACAGGAGAUAAAAGGUGUUUUCUCUCCUUCAUCAAAAAAGAAGGAGGGUCAGUUACGUUUGGUAAUAAUAAUACUGCACAAAUAAAAGGAAAAGGUAUUAUAGGUAAUAAUGAUUCUGCAAAAAUUGAAGAUGUUCAAUAUGUAGAAGGUCUAAAACAUAAUUUACUUAGUAUUAGUCAAUUAUGUGAUAGUGGUUUUGAAGUUAUUUUUAAACCAAAUAUUUGUGAAGUC